AUGCUGGAGGCGCUGGGCUCCCUGGCUGCUACCCUCUGGGCCGGGCUCCGUCUCCAAACUCUCCUGCUGGGCACCUUCGUCUUUCUGUUUGUUGUUGAUUUCUUUAAUAGGCAGCGCCCAAAAAACUAUCCACCUGGACCCCCAAGACUGCCUCUCUUUGGCAAUUUCUUACAACUGGACUUUCAACAACCGCACCUGAGCGUUCAGCCGUUUGUGAAGAAAUAUGGAAACCUGUUUAGCUUGAGUAUCGGUCACUUUCAUAGCGUUAUUGUAACCGGAUUGCCCUUGAUCAAAGAGGUCCUUACACACCCAGACCAAGCCAUUCUGAGCCGCCCUGUGUCUGCUGUCCGACAACGCAUCUUUAAGAAAUAUGGAUUGGUCAUGUCCAGUGGCCAGGAGUGGAAGGAGCAAAGACGGUUUGCCCUGAUGACACUUAGGAACUUUGGUUUAGGAAAGAAGAGCUUAGAAGAACGCAUUCAGGAGGAGGCCCACCACCUUGUUGAAAAAAUACAAGAGGAGAAGGGACAGCCUUUUAACCCUCACUUUAAGAUCAACAAUGCCGUUUCCAAUAUCAUAUGCUCCGUUACCUUUGGGGAGCGCUUUGAGUACGAUGAUGCUCGGUUUCAGGAGCUGCUGAAGUUGAUGGAUGAAGUCACCUGUCUUGAAGCUGGACUGGGGUGUGAGCUAUACAAUAUUUUUCCAUCAAUAAUGAAAUUCCUGCCGGGUCCUCAUCAAACAUUCUUUCGGGACUGGGAGAAACUGAAACUAUUUGUUUCUCGUGUGAUUGAAAACCACAAGAGAGAUUGGAAUCCUGAUGAACCUAGAGACUUCAUUGAUGCUUACCUCAAGGAAAUGGCAAAGUAUGCAGGCAUUGAUACUUCAAGUUUCCAUGAAGAAAACCUUGUCUGCAGCACACUGGACCUCUUCUUUGCUGGAACAGAGACAACUUCUACGACACUGCGCUGGGCUCUGCUUUACAUGGCCAUGAACCCAGAGAUCCAAGAGAAAGUACAAGCUGAAAUUGACAGAGUAAUUGGCCAAUCGCAGCUGCCCAGCACGGCCAACCGAGACCACAUGCCCUACACUAAUGCUGUCAUUCACGAGGUGCAAAGGAUGGGCAACAUCAUCCCCCUGAAUGUACCCAGGGAAGUGACAUUUGACACCACUGUUGCUGGAUACUGCCUGCCAAAGGGGACCAUGGUCCUGACCAAUCUGACUGCACUACACAGAGACCCCAAAGAGUGGGCCACCCCUGACGCCUUCAAUCCAGAGCACUUCCUGGAGAAUGGACAGUUUAAGAAAAGGGAGUCCUUUCUGCCAUUUUCAAUAGGAAAACGGGUUUGCCUUGGAGAGCAGCUGGCCAGGGCUGAGCUGUUUAUUUUCUUCACUUCCUUUUUGCAAAAAUUUACCUUUAGGCCCCCAGCCAAUGAGAAACUGAGUCUGAAGUUCAGAGUAGGCCUCACCAUCUCCCCUGUCAGUUACUGCAUCUGCGCUGUUCCUCGGGUGUGA